AAUCCAUGUCAAGAGUUGCGUAUCCGCCAAUCAGUUCUUUUACUCUGCUCUUGCUAUCAGUUCAGAUAAGUUCAGUAUAUUGCCGAAAAUAGGCAAAAUUUUGAUAAAUCCGGGAUUUCCUGUGAAUUUGUCUUGAUUUUCGUGCCGUUUGAACGAAGAAUUGGAAUAUUCCGAAGAAGACGAAGAAAAAAGAGCAAGAGCAGCAGAAAGGGAGAUAAAACGAAUAAAUUUUCAUUUAAAAAGCGAUUUUGUUUAUCCUUUGGAAAACAGUACGCUUAUCUAGUGCAAUACAUUCCAGAAAAAGUGACUCGCCCAAAUAUGGAACGAAUAAAUAAAUUAAUCCAUAAAAUUCCAAGUGUAUCAACAUGCUGUUUUUGUGUUGAUUUGCGAACGGCUGGUUUAAUCAUUGGUUCACUGAGACUGGUCGGUUUCACUCUGUUACUUUUCAAAGUAAUUUCAUGGCGAAUGCUUUUAAUAAUAUUGCUAGAUGUGUGCUGGAUCUACGGUAUUCUCAAAGAGAAACCAAUUUUCAUGCUUCCGACCAUACUAACGUUGGUUGUGGCGUUAUUCGAAAUCAGUCUUCUUCUAUUUAUUUUGGCUGCAUUUUUGAUGGCUGAAGCUACCGUCCCAAUAAUAUUCCUUAUUUUGUUAGCGUUGGCUCCGUUUUUAGCGUUUAUAAUACAUGUUAUGCUCGUGCAAGUUUCAUUGUACAAAACAAUGACCGAACAACCGCCACCUUCAAUUGAAGCAAACGCUCACUCUGUUGAGUAUAAACCGGAGAUGGCUCAGGACGAGAAACUGGUAUUAGACUGUCGACAUUCAUGUACUGUUUCUGUUUCUUCGGGCAUUUCUUUCGAUGAUUAAAAAUGAGUGCAUUCAAUAGACUGUAGUUUGUAAAGCAAAUGAACGUCCACCAAAUGCUAUGCUUUUGUAAGCGGCAAUAAAAAAAUGUUUUUGAGUGAAAAUUAGACUCUCUUUCGUGUGCAACGGUUUUCAAGUAUUAUUUUGGAGCCAGCAAAUGUUUUAAAACCAAUCGUCAAUCGGUAAUUCUAGUUGCACUUUUGUAAAUACUGCGAUAAGAUCUGGAUUUAUUGACAAUUGACAGCGGUUCACAUAUUAUUACAAAUUACCGAAUUCCGUCCGUUGAACGCACUUAUUCUUUUCGAUAGAAAAAGAAGAAGAAAAUGAGAUUACACUGAAACGACAUUCGAUAUAAAUAGCGUAACUCUAUUAUUAACAUAUUUUUA